AUGUCCGAGAAACCCAAAGUUGUUGUCGUGGGCGCCGGUCCAGUUGGAUGCUUGGCGGCAUGCAUGAUGGAGAACCACGGAUGGUCAGUCGACUUAUUCGAGGCCCGAUCUGAUUUUCGUAAACCGCAGAAAACCGUCAACCGUCCUAGAUCUAUCAACUUGGCAUUCUCCAAGAGAGGGAUCGAAGCCAUAAGAGCGGUCGACUCAGAGAUGGUCGAGAGAUUACUGAAACAAGUCACCCCCAUGAAAGGCCGAAUGAUCCACAAUAUUGAUGGUGGACUCAACUCACAACCUUAUGGACUACACGAAGAAUGCAUCAACUCGAUCGAUAGAAAUUUACUCAACCAAUCGAUUCUCUCCGAGGCUGAACAGAGACCUAACGUGACUGUUUACUUCAAUAAGAAACUGGUCAAGGCUCGAUUCGACGAUUCCACCUUGGUAUUUCAAGAUACGAAUACCCAUGAGACCUUAGAAGUCAAGCCAGAUCUCACGAUUGGUGCUGACGGGUCUUACAGUCAAGUGAGACAGCAGAUCAUGAGAUGUACUCGCGUCGACUUUUCUCAAGAAUACAUUGACGAUCUAUACCUAGAACUCUCGAUCCCACCCGGCGUUGAUAAGGAGACUGGAAAACCUUGCUUCUUGUUAGAUCCCAAUCACUUACACAUCUGGCCUCGUCAAUCAUUCAUGUUAAUUGCCUUGCCAAAUCAGGACAAAUCGUUUACAUGCACAUUGUUUGCCCCUCAACAUGGCGUAUUUGAUCAACUCGAAGUUCCCAAGAACGAGGAAGAAGAAAGACAUAUAAUCGACUUCUUCAACACCCACUUUCCCGAUGCUUUAUCCCUCAUUGGGCAUAAAGAUUUGAUCAGAUGUUUUGUCGAAAAUCCGCGCGGGAGCUUACUUACUAUCAAGUGUAAACCUUAUCAUUACAAAGACAAGGCGGUGAUCAUUGGGGAUGCAGCCCACUCGAUGGUCCCCUUUUACGGUCAAGGGAUGAACUGCGGAUUGGAGGAUGUGAGAAAGCUGGAUCAGCUCUUCCAAAAAUACACUGAUCAAAUCAAACCGGCGAAUCAGAAGGAGAAGCUCGGGGUGAUUCUUGAGAGUUAUACCCAGACUCGUCAUCAAGAUUUACUGGCGAUCUGCGAUUUGGCGUUACAGAAUUAUCGAGAAAUGAGCGACAAGGUUACAAGGUUUGAUUACUUGAUGAGAAAGAAGGUCGAUAGUGUAUUGGCUCGCCUCCUCAGAGGAAAUUGGUUACCAUUGUAUACUAUGGUCACGUUUCGAGAUGAUAUAGAUUAUUCUCAAGUGAUCAAGAGAGAAGCUAAACAGAGCCAAUUGAUCGACUGGAGCUUACGGUUCUUUGUCGGAUGUUCUAGCGUUGGAUUGAUUGCUACUGUUCUCAAGUUUGGACGCCAAUUGAAAUAUGCAUUACAAUUUGAUUAG